CCACGUGAAAAAUGCGGCAGCUCUAAGGAAAAAGGCCAUGGAAGGGUCCAUCGAAGGAGCGUUAAUAAACCCUGCCAUGAUUGUAGAUCCUUUUCAAAUUCUUGUGGCAGCCAACAAAGCAGUUCAUCUACAAAGGAUAGGAAAAAUGAAGACCAGAACUCUCAAUGCAGAAAUUAUUUUCAGCCUUUCACCAAACAACAAUAUUACAGAUGCAUUUAAAAAGUUUGGCAUUUCAGACAGUGACACAGCGGUGCUCAUUGUUCUGGUUGUGGACAAAGAAAAAACUGUGAAUCUGGGAGAUGUAGUAUCUCAGGUAGAAGGCCAGCAGGUUUCUCUGGAUGAACUCCCCCAACUAACAGACACUGCCAGAGUUAAAAAGAUGUACAAAGUUACUCCGCAGGAAGAAAAAAUCGGCACCUUAUUGGAUAGUAUUGUUUGCAGAAUGUCAACAAAAGAUGUUAUGUGAAAAUGUGGAAAUAAAUUUUUUUGGAAG